AUGCUCGUGGGAAAGUCGGUCCCCGAACUUAUCCUCGUGAGGUCCAUGGUGGUGUUCUUCCAAUAUCUGGGCCUCCUCUGUUUUCUCUACUUUUGGCUCAUCUUCGCCCUCGCCGGCGUACCCGGCAUCGCCCACCCCGUAUCCAUCGCCAUUGAGGUCAUCGGCGCUAUCGAAAUCAUCUUCUAUUUUGCUUGGUUCGUCCCCUACCGUCGCCGACUGCAAGGUCCCGGGCUCCAACCGACGGAGCUAACGCGAGAGGAGCGUCGCCGCUUCUUCUCCCAAGGCUUGGACCAUGCGCCAGAUAUUGAGCAGUACAUCCGCAAGUGGCACGGUAACGCCCAUUUGAGUGACAUCCGUAGGGAAAAUGUCAAAGACUGGUUGAUGUGGGCGCUGUUCGAUAAGCAGGGCAAUCCGGGGGAACACGACGAGGAGCUGGAGGAGUACAUCGCGGAUGCCGAGGAGCGGGCCGGCGUAGCCAUUAAGCAAGGCUACGGCGAUUCCACCCCGAUGCGCCUCAGCUUCGACCCCGUCGACAUCACUCAUCGAAGUCUGUUCUUCUACCUUAUGACGGGCUCGCUCGACUUCCUCGCGACCCUCGUUCUGUUCAUCAGAGGCUUCAAGUUCUACCGCCAACCCCGCAGUACCUUCUUCUCUGUUUUCCCCUGGCGGCCCAUGACGCUGUUCUCGCCCAAUGAGUCGGCCGACCCCACGCUGAGCUACUUCGUCCGCCCACACACGUCCACCACCCAGCGGCCCAUCUUGUUCAUGCACGGCGUCGGCGUCGGUAUGCUCCCCUACCUCAUCUGGCUGUGGAGCAUUCCCAAAGACGUCGGCGUCCUCGCCAUCGAGAUCCUCCCGGUCUCUUCGCGCAUCUGCCCGCCCAUGCAGACCACCAAGGAGCUCGUCGACGGCAUGGAUGCCAUCAUCAAGCAGCAGAACUACAACGACUUUGUCUUCGUCGGCAACUCCUUCGGCACCCUCCUCGUGUCGCCCCUGCUGCAGAGGCCCGAGAUCGCUGCCAAGAUCGACUCCGUCGUGCUCAUCGACCCCGUCUCGCUACUACUCCAUCUCCCCGCCGUGACCUACAACUUCACCCGGCGGAAGCCGAGAUGGGGCAACGAGUGGGAGAUUUGGUUCGUCGCCACGGACCCCAUGGUCGCGCACACGCUCGCCCGCCGCUUCCGCUGGCAGGACUUCAUCCUCUGGACGUCGCAGCUGCAGGGCAAGCGCACGACGGUGGUCCUAGGCGGCGAGGAUUGCGUCACGGACCCGGACGCCGUGGCGAGCUACGUUUACUUUGGCGACCUCAAAUACACCCGGUACGACAAGAUCGAGUGGGCCACGACGCCCGCUCGAUGGACGGGCCGUGGCGAGAUGGAGCUGAUGUACCUCGACGGCAAGGACCACGGCCAGGCGUUCCUGAGCAUCAAGGACAUGCCGCAGAUUGCCAGAGUGGUGAUGGCGUACACGCACCUCAGCGGGGUCAUGAACUCGAGGCAAGCCGACGUGGCGAAGGAGGAGGAACUGGGUCAGACUUGA